GGGAGGGCGCAGCUUUUUCUCAGACGUACAGUUUAACCCCAUUCGAGACGCCGGUCCAGUGAAGAGGCAAAGGACUGCCGAUCGCUUGCAACAAAGGCUCAGGACUUCCCUUCUGGCGUCAUUCAGGAGCUGAGGCGUGUUAGAUCCGCUGCAGGAAACAGGUUUUCCUCUCUCUCUCUCUCUCUCGUGCUUUUUGUUGUUGUCAUUGCAAAGCCUCGUUUGCAAAGGAGCCUCAUGCUCUGUGCAAAGCGGCAGCCCAGGAGGCAGGAUGGUUCAGCUGGAUCGGCGAAGCCCUAACCAGGUGCUGCCACUGGAUCCGCGCCGCGCCUUCUUUCUCCUGCUUCUGCUGCUGGCCGUGCCUGGGCGCGGGCUGAAAGUGCAGCACAAGUUCGUCUCGCACACCGCCACCAACAACUUCGCUCUGGAUGGCACGGGAGGCAAGAUCUACCUAGCGGCCGUCAACCGGCUCUACCAACUCUCGGGCCCCAACCUGACGCUGGAGGUGGAAGAGCAGGUGGGCCCGAAGGAGGAUAACCCGCUGUGCCACGCUCCUCAGUUGCCCCAGGCUUCGUGCGAGCAUGCCAAGAAGCCGAUCGACAACUACAACAAGCUGCUGCAGCCAGACCCGGACCAAGGCAUCCUGGUGGUCUGCGGCUCCGUCUAUCAGGGCUUCUGCCAGCUGCGCAGCAUGGACAACAUCUCCGUGGUGGCCGUUGCCUUCCCGCCUGGGGCAGGUGGAGGAGACGGCGACCAGGUGACUGUCUUCCCCAGCAUGCUCAACGUGGCGGCCAACCACGCCAAUGCCUCCACCGUCGGCUUGGUGCUGAAGCAGUCGGGGCACGACACAAGGCUGCUGGUGGCGGCUACUUACACGGGCUUGGGGAGCCCUUUUUUCCCGCGCAACCAAAGCCUGGAGGACCACCGCUUCGAGAACACGCCGGAAAUCGCCAUCCGGGCUCUCAACGCCCGCGGGGACUUGGCCCGGCUCUUCACCUUCGACAUCAACCCGUCCGACGACAACAUCUUCAAGAUCAAGCAGGGCGCUAAGGAGCGCCACAAGCUCAGCUUCGUCCGCGCUUUCCUCCACCGAGGAGCCCGGCCGCCGCUGCCACCCUCUCGCCCUGAGCGGAGAAAGGGCGCCUCUAGUGGCCGGAGCUCCUCCCAAGCGCGGCCAGGAGGCUCCUCACUACCCCGGAGUGCCCCCGUUGGAAACGGCCGCCUGCUUGGCUCCUUCCCUUCUUUGCCCCUCGCCCGCCCCCUGGGCUCCUCCUACGCCUACUUGGCCCUCAACAGCGAGGCCAAUGCGCGGGAAAAAGAGAGCCACUCGCACAGCCUGCUGGCCCGCAUCUGCCUGGGGGACCCGGCGGAGGCGACCACACUCAAUGACAGCGGCGGAGGCGGCGGCGGCGGCGGCGGGAGCAGCAGCAACGGGGAAACCAAGAAGCUGACCGAGUCUUACAUCCAGAUGGGGCUACAGUGUGGCAGCGCCGGGCCCGGAGGGGUCACGACAGGGGCGGCCGGCGGGGACUUCUUCAACCGACUUGUGUCGGUGUUUCCCGCCAGCGCCGCCCUGCAGGUUGACCCGGGAAGGUCUUCCCCUCCGGAGCCCGAAGAACUGCUCUUUGGGGUUUUCGAGAAAGCCUCCGGGACGGGGUCGCCCGGAUUUGGCGGCCGGCAGGCGCCUCAGCCCGCGGCUCUCUGUGUCUUCCGCUUCGCUGAGAUCGAGGAGACCAUCAGGGUGGCCAGAAACUCGUGCUUCGUGGCGCCAGACGCUGGACUGGUCACUGUGCUCGACAGCGUGGUGCAAGGCACCGGGCCUGCCUGCGAGAAGAGGAAAAUCCAGUUGCAACCAGAACAGUUGGACUGUGGAGCCGCACAUCUCCAGCAUCCACUGUCAAUCUUGAAACCUAUCAAGGCAAGGCCUGUGUUCACUUGGCCAGGCCUGACAUCAGUGGCAGUCUCCAGCAUCAAUAAUUACACAGUUGUAUUUCUGGGAACAGCCAUUGGAAGACUCCUUAAGAUUAAUCUGAAUAGUUCUAUGAAGAUGAUGAGCAAGGAGUCAGUUACCGUGGCUUAUGGUGAGCCUGUUCACCCUGUCAUGCAGUUUGAUCCUUCAGACUCCAACUACUUGUAUCUGAUGACUUCCCACCAGAUAGCUCGUGUGAAAGUAGCUGCCUGUGAUAAAUAUACGGCAUGUAUAGAGUGCUUGGCUGCAGCUGAUGCAUACUGUGGAUGGUGUACGUUGGAGACCAGGUGUUCCCUGCAGCAUGAAUGUGCUCAUUCUGAUGAGUCCAAUUUCUGGAUAAGCGCAAGUGAGGGAGUCCAGCAGUGCCCCUCAAUGACAAUAUUACCCUCAGAAAUAAGCAUUGACAAGGAGAACCAGGGCUUAAUAAUCCAAAUACAUGGGAAUAUUCCAAGUUUGAUUGGAAUGGAGAUGUCCUGCGAUUAUGGGAAUAAAAUUCAGACUGUAGCUAAAAUUCCCACCGAUUCUUUGAACCAAUUUGUUUAUUGCAAUUUCCUUCCCAGAGAAAAAUAUCCAGCCUUCCCAUCAAAUCAAGACCAUGUGAUUGUUCAAACUGCUGUACGGGUCAACGGCAAAAAUAUUGUGUGGGCCAAUUUCACCAUCUAUGAUUGCAAGAGAACUGGAAACAUUUACCCAAAGACAGCGUGUAUCAACUGUCUCUCAGCCAAAUGGAAGUGCUACUGGAGCAUUAGAAAAUAUGCCUGUGUCUCCAAUGCCUCUGAGUGCGAGGACCUGAUACAAAUAAACAACAGUUCUGACUGUCCACAGAUUGUACCUGCCUCUGUAGUACCAGUGGCAACCGGGGCUUCCCAGGACAUCACCAUCACCUUGAAGAAUGCUGCUUUUGUAAAGGAGUUGCCUUUGGAAUGUCACUUUGGAACUGACAAGCUAUUGGAAGCCCAAUGGGUGAAUGCAUCUGCAGUUCAAUGUAGAAAUGUGUUGCUUCACACUUCAGAGGAAAGACACCACUUUCCGGUAAACCUUCAACUGAAGGGAAAACCUGAUAGAUUUAUUGACAGUCCACAGAUGAUGACAGUGGAGAUUUAUAAUUGUGCAACUGGAAGUACUGACUGUUCUCAGUGCCUUGGGAGAGAAGAUCAGGGUCAUCAGUGCAUUUGGAGUGAGAGUAGUUCUAGCUGUAGACUGAACACUGAAUCCCUCCAGAUCCUAGGCGUUUGCCCUCCUCCUGAGAUUAGGAAGAUUGAGCCCCUGAAUGGAACUCUAGAAGGAGGAACUCUGCUCACAAUACAAGGAAGAAAUCUGGGCCGUAGGUUCAGUGAUGUCAUUAAUGCUGUCAAGAUAGGAAACGUGAAAUGUUUGCCGCUCCAAGACAGAUAUAUAGUCUCUAAAGAAAUUGUAUGCUGGACUGGAGAGGCUCCAGAGGAAUUUGCUGAUGUUGUGACAGUUAAUGUGAGCAGAGAAGGAAAAUCCAGAGAGCAGUUCUCUUAUAUGCUCCCAGUGGUAAAGUUGAUGCUUCCGUCUGCUGGCCCUAAAGCAGGAGGAACCAAAGUAACCAUCACAGGAAAUAACCUCAGUGUGGGUUCUGAGCUCCGGGUUUUAGUAAACAGCACAAAAGAAUGCAGCAGCCUCAGUCGCACUGACACUACCAUCAUCUGCACUAUGCCAGGUGUGGAGUUUACUACCACUGUGCAAGUCUGUGUCCAGUUUGAGAACAAAUCUUGCAUUGGCAAUAACAGCACCUUCAAGUAUGAGAAAAAUCCAAGUAUCAUAGAUAUCAGCCCUAAAACGAGUCAUAUCAGUGGAGGAAGGAUCAUCACUGUGAAAGGAAAUGGAUUUUUGAUGGCUCAGAAUGUGUCUAUGGCAGUACAAACUAUUGGGAAAGAACAAACAAACUGUAAGGUUCACACCGACACUGUGAUUACCUGCCCCUCUCCAGCUGCCUCCAAUCUCACCACGGUGAACAAGCCAGCACCAGUGGACUUUUACAUCAAUGGACGCCUAUAUACUGAUGACAGCCUGUACUCCUUUGAACCUCUCAGGGAGACCAUACACAUUAGCAAGUUCCACCUGGAAUACUUUACAGAUCCCCAAUUCUUCACAGCCAAAAAGGAGAAGUGGAUCAAACACCAUCCUGGAGAGCCUUUGACAUUAGUUAUACAUAAAGAGCCUGACCAUCUUGGCCUGGAAAGCAAUGAAUAUGAAGUUAAAAUUGGCCUAAUUUCCUGUGAGAUCCAAAUUGUUUCGGACAAAGUCAUUCACUGCUCAGUCAAUGAAUCUUUGAACACCUCAGAAAGACAGCUCCCUGUUACGAUCCAAGUUGGGAAAUUCAUUCAAAUCAUUGCUAUGUUGCACCUUGGAGGAAGUGAAACAGCUAUCACAGUUUCCAUAGUCAUCUGCAGUAUCUUGUUGCUGCUGUCUGUCGUAGCGCUGUUUGUGUUUUGCACCAAGAGCCGCAGGGCAGAGCGUUAUUGGCAAAAAACUCUGCUGCAGAUGGAAGAGAUGGAGUCCCAGAUCCGGGAAGAAAUUCGUAAAGGGUUUGCUGAGCUCCAGACAGAUAUGACAGACCUGACUAAGGAAUUAAAUCGGAGCCAGGGAAUUCCAUUCCUGGAGUACAAGUACUUUGUGACUCGAACCUUCUUUCCCAAGUGUUCCUCUCUCUAUGAGGAGCGUUACAUUCUGCCUUCCCAACACCUCAAUUCCCAGAUGGGGUCUCAGAUCCAGGAAACUCACCCAUUGCUGUUGGGAGAAUGGAAAAUUCCUGAAAACUGUAGACCCAACAUGGAAGAGGGAAUUGCAUUGUUCUCCACCUUACUCAACAACAAGUACUUUCUUAUCGUGUUCGUCCAUGCUCUUGAGCAGCAGAAAGAUUUUGCUGUUAGAGACAGAUGCAACUUGGCCUCCUUGCUUACCAUUGCAUUGCAUGGGAAAUUGGAGUACUAUACAAGCAUCAUGAAAGACCUCUUGGUGGAUCUCAUUGAUGCCUCUGCCUCUAAAAACCCCAAACUUAUGCUGAGGAGGACUGAGUCUGUGGUGGAGAAGAUGCUGACCAACUGGAUGUCCAUCUGCAUGUACAGCUGUCUCAGAGAAACAGUUGGAGAGCCUUUCUUCCUGCUGCUCUGUGCUAUUAAGCAACAGAUCAAUAAAGGAUCUAUAGAUGCCAUCACUGGAAAAGCCAGGUAUACUCUCAAUGAAGAAUGGUUACUGAGAGAAAACAUUGAAGCAAGGCCAAGGAAUCUUAAUGUAUCUUUCCAAGGCUGUGGGAUGGACUCCCUGAGUGUUCGGGUCAUGGAUACAGACACUCUCAGCCAAGUUAAAGAGAAGAUACUUGAAGCCUUUUGCAAGAAUAUUCCAUAUUCCCAGUGGCCAAGAGUAGAAGAUGUUGACCUUGAAUGGUUUGCCACAAGCACUGACAGCUACAUCCUCCGGGACCUCGAUGACACUUCAGUGAUGGAGGAUGGCAGGAAGAAACUGAACACGUUAGCACAUUAUAAGAUCCCUGAAGGUGCCUCUCUAGCAAUGAGUUUAACAGAUAAGAAAGAUACCACUUUAAGCAGAGUAAAAGAUUUGGACACUGAAAAAUACUUUCAUUUGGUUCUUCCCACAGAUGAACUGAAUGACAAUAAGAAAUCUCAUCGACAGAGCCAUAGAAAAAAAGUCCUUCCUGAAAUCUACCUGACCAGAUUGCUUUCCACAAAAGGCACACUGCAAAAAUUCCUGGAUGAUUUAUUCAGAGCCAUUCUGAGCAUCCGAGACGACAGACCACCUCUGGCUAUCAAGUAUUUUUUUGAUUUCCUGGAAGAGCAAGCAGAGAAACGGGGGAUUUCUGACCCAGACACAUUGCACAUUUGGAAAACCAACAGCCUACCUCUGAGGUUUUGGGUCAACAUUCUGAAGAACCCCCAGUUUGUCUUUGACAUUGACAAAACUGACCACAUAGAUGCCUGUCUCUCUGUAAUAGCUCAGGCCUUUAUUGAUGCCUGCUCCAUCUCUGAUCUACAGCUGGGCAAGGACUCACCUACUAAUAAACUAUUGUAUGCCAAGGAGAUUCCUGAAUACAGAAAAAUAGUGCAAAAGUAUUACACACAGAUCCAUGACAUGCCACCUCUCAGUGAACAGGAAAUGAAUGCACACCUUGCAGAGGAGUCCAGGAAAUAUCGGAAUGAAUUUAACACCAAUGUUGCCAUGACUGAAAUUUACAAAUAUGCCAAGAGAUACCGUAAUCAGAUAGUGAAUGCGUUGGACUCCAACCCCACAACAAGGCGCACACAACUGCAGCACAAAUUUGAGCAAGUCAUUGCACUCAUGGAAGAUAAUAUUUAUGAGUGCUGCAGUGAAGCAUAGGUGGCACUUGCUUCCACGUCUAGAAGUGACCUUCUCUACAGUGCACUGUCCUUUAGGGGAUACCCUUUCAAACUAUCCGUGUGUCCAUAUGUAGCCUGUUGUAUGUAUAUGGUAACUAAGAAACCACCUUGAUGGUAGAUCUGGCCAGUCUCCUUAAACCAUCUGGUGACGUGAAGGUUGUCCACCAAACACCUUGAAAUCCCUUAUGUGAUCUGCACUGCAUGGCACCAAUAAUGUACUUGAUUUUUCAGACAGAGGCACAAUAUUUGCGCUGCCAAAUGUAGUAGUUUCUUCUGAAGAGCUCCAACAUGUUAUUCAAAGUGGCCAUCUUUCCCUUCAUUCAUUUUCCCAGAACUCUCAUGGAGCAGAGAUCAGGUAUGGAAGCAAUGCUGAAAUAAGCAAAGAUGCCUCAGGGGAACAAUGAAUGAAGGUUUCAAAACAAAGGUUUCUUGGAGCAACAGUGGAACCCCCUCUAACAAUGCCCCCUUCCUUCUGUGUACUUUAAGUAUCAGGGAACCCAUUUACUGUACACAGUCUGCUGCAUUAGAUGUAUUUUGUGCCUUUUAUUUUUGUACUGUACAUGUAAACAUAACUACACCUUCAUCCAAGGCUGGAAAGAGGUGGGGAACUCGCAGACUAGACAAUGCAGUUGCUUCCUAAGUAGUCAUGACAUGUGAAAGCACUUUACCCCCAACGGAAAUGGUUAUUGCCUUGCUGGAGGGAUCAUUAUUGUGUAGCAGACAACGUCGGAAAAGAACAAAUCAAUGCAGCUGUUCCCUCUUCCCAAAGCUUCCCAGAUGUUUGUACUAACUGAAUUGCAUCAACAAAUUCCCCUGUAAAUGCCCAUCUGGCUCCAGAAAUGCCUAAAAGGAAGGUGGUGGGGGGAUACAUUGCAAGGGUCAAAGGGAAGCACUUGCUUCUCUUUGUUCUCCCACACACACACAGACACUUUGGAGGAAACAUACUGAGCUGAACUUUUGGCUCAGCAUAAAUCCAACAUAUUUGGCUUAAUACAAGACCACUGGUAGCUUCACAAGAGUAAAGAUUAUAGUCUGUUCUUCCUCCAGCUUUUUAUCAUACGAUGAUGUCCUUUUGUGCAUGGUGCAAAGUUCAUUUUGCUCUUUGAGGUCUGCUUAUGUCACAUUUCCACCCUGAACACAUUAAAAUCCUAAAAUCCUACCAUCCUACACAUUAAAACUAUAUUGUUUGGUGUUUCAAAACAAGUGUAUAAAAUGAAUUUUUGAUUCAGGAUCCUUCCAAACAGAGAGGUAGUGUAUUUGGAAACAGAACCUGCUUCCGCUUAUGUGCACAGCAUCUAUACAACGUCCUUGCCUGUUGCACAAUUUUGCAGCACCAUCUGCUGGCUAUUUUCUUGCAAUCUGUGAUGAAAAUCUCCUCUUGUUCAGACUACCUUAAAAGUAUUUUUAAGGUACUCUGUAAAGAAGCAGAUCUCAUCACAGAGCACCAGCAAAUGCUGAGCAGAUAAGCAGAAGCAGCUUGGGUUGUCAAACACAGUAUUUGCCACAUCUGGAAGGGCCCUCAGACACAUGCAGCAGGGAACUCCUAAUUAACCAUGGCUCCCAUCAGUGUGUACCUGUCUAGGAAAAUGUGGUUUCCUUCCUCAUUUGUGAAAUGGACCUGAGAGCCUGUUCAAGGCUGGAGCAUAGCGCAGGAAGAUGCAACUGAGAUGAACAAGGAUGUCAUUUACAGUUAAUUUCUUAAACACCACCUUUCCUUGUUCAGUGUGGAGUAGACUUCUUGUAACUUAUUAGUAUAAUACUGCAAAGAAUUCAGUCUAGAAUAGCUAGCAAUGUUUGCUAGCAUCAGAGGUGCACUUACCUCUGGACUUCCAGGCUGCAGUCCAGGGCCUCCACAGCGCCUGGGGGGCCCCAAAUCCUCUUUAGUCUGUCCAGGGUUGUGUGGUUGCCCAGCAGAGCAUGAUGAUUCUUAAUUUGCCGGGAAGGGGAGCCUCCAAAGGCCUUUAGGUCCAGGAUCCAAAAUUACUUAGGUGCACCUCUGGCUAGCAUUGCAGUUGUCUGAUAAAAAGUUCAGCUAGUGGGUUUUCCCCCCUACCACUGCAAUGGCAUGCUUAGAAUGUCACCUGUUAAAGGCACAAAAGCCUUUCACAAAUGUUUGCAACUCUAUUUCAAUUCGACCACAUGAGAGAGGUGGUUUCUACUGCUAGAAUAUCUUCCAUUUCCUCAGUCCAAAAGGCAUCAAAGAAAGUGUUUUGGAAUUCUGAAUCUUCAUGUUCAACCAUCCUGCUGAAUAUGUAUUUGAUAACCCAAAGAACAUACUUUCUCUGUAUGGAUCCACAGUAAUACCAUUCAGAUUAAUCCAAACCAGUAAUGAAAUCUGACUAAGGCUGCAGGCCUGUGCAGUUACUUGGGAAUAAACUCCAUUGAUCUCAAAGCUUACUUCUGAGUAAGCAUUAUAGAAAUGGGCUGUAAAUCAAUUGAUUUUAUUCUAAGGCCCAAAUUACACAUUACUGUUAAUAUGAAUACACAUUUCACCAAAACAUUUACAAAGCAGUUUACAUAGCAAAAGGAAUGAGAAAAAUGGUUUUCAGCUCCAAAGAGGUGCAGAGUCUAAAAAGAGGCACAAUGGAGACACACUACACUGGGUUAAAUGAGGAUAGUUGCUCUCCUGCUAAAUAUGAGAGACCACUUUCAAAGAUGCCUCUUGCUCAGUUAGCUAGCAGGGCUAAUGCAUAGAAGAUAACCCCUUACAGUCAUCUUCUUUUGUAAAUAAUCAGAAUCAGCUUUGGUAUGGUGCAAAUGAGACAGGUGCUUAUCUCUUUCCUUGCCAGCCAAUUUUCUGCUCCAAAUACCCCCCUCUCCCUACCACUUUUGCAAACAUAUGUUUGGAACCCCUUCAGGGGGGACCAUCAGUGGGGGACAUUUAGAACAGGAAGAUGGCUAGCAGAGAAAGGAUUAUGCAUACACAGACACAUGCGUGCACACCACCUCAAAGUGCUUUGAUUUUUAAGAAGGCCCAUUGGUAAUAUUAUACACACUGGGUCUAAUGUGUAAUUUGGGCCUAAAGUCAACCCACUGGUUUUCAUGUUUCCCCGUAUUCUUUUUUAAAAUACAGCAUCACUGAAGUAUCAUUUAGACUUAAAUGUGAUGCCCCUAGCUGUUCCCCAUAUGCCUUUACACCGACUACAGUAGGAUUCUCUCUCUGCUUGUGAGGAAGAACCACAGUAGUCCUAGAGCACUCCCUCAGAACUCCCCUUUUGUCUCUUAGGGAGCUGCCUGAAGGCACUGGCUGUUACUAGAAAAUCUGAAAUUAAAAUGGGCACUAAGCCAGCUAAUGCUGCUGGCAAAGCCAAGCUCCUAAAUUACCAAAUAAUGCUUAAAAAUACUACACUACCUCACCAAAGGCAAGGUCUAAAAAGGGGAGUUGCCAUAGUUUGAGGCUAAGAUUUUAUCAUUUGGGUGGGAGCUGAACAGUUCCCCCCCCCUCCAAUUAAAAUCUUGUUGCUAUAGGUAGUUAUCCUCUGUCAAGUAUAUCUUUCAAAAACGCCUAGUGUAGAAUGUUACAUGGGGAACUGGAGGGUCAUGAUGGAUUUUAUAUAUCAGUACUGUAUAUAAAAAGUACAGAUUUUAUCCUGUGCAAAAGAAAAUAAAGAGGAAUAUAAGACAUGAAAAAAGAACUGCAAAAGAUUAUACUCACUGAGGAAAUUUACAUGUGUUUGCUGAGAGAGUGGCUGCAGAAGAACUUUUAAUAAUGUAGCUGGGCUACAUUUAACUUAGAAAUUUUUUUUUUCUUCCAAAAUUCUUAUUUUUUUUUUUUAACUGUGAAGUGCUGCCAGUUACAUACACACACUCACAGAAGGCCAACUCAAGAAUGUGAGAAAGACUGCUGGGAGAAGGAGGGAGUUGAAGGAAAACAGAGACAGAACUGGAGAUGCUGCUAGAUCAGACUGUGCAAAGAGCUAUGGUUUUGGAAAGCAUCAGCACGGUUUCAGCAUCCAAAUGGUAGUACCAGAAGCCACUGUCUGGACCGAACCUUAGACUGGAGGGGCUGAUCCCCGUGUCUCUCUUACAGAUUACUAUUUCCUGAGUGUGUGUGUGUGCUCCAGGCAUAUGCUUUAUUAUUUAAUUCUUUGUCCAAAUAUUUGCUACAACCAUUGAGAAGAAAUAAAUUGUCUACAAACCAGAAGCUGAGGGUUGGUGCUGUUGUCCAGAACCCAACUCCAUUGUAAUAUAUUUUUAACUUUGUCAUGUUUUUUGGUGGGCGUGUGUUUUUUCCUUACCUGCUGUUUAAGGGAAGGGGCAGAAUCUUGGCAGGGGGGAAUAUCUUUGUAAUAAAACAAAGUGAUCAAA